UAUGGCUGUAAACUGCACAGAAAUAAUUACAAACAUAUAUUAAACCAUAACAUCUAAAUGGAAACUAUCAAUAAAAACUUAGAAAGUAGAUUUCAAUAUUUUAUUGCGUAUAAUUAAAUACGUACAAACUACCCAGUAAGAUCAUAAAAUUGUACGUAUUACAUUUCUAAGUGUGGCAACCCGGCCGUAUGGUACCUUUACCCAGUGCGGGUUAACGUUCCGACGUGCACGGACGCGUUUUACCGUCGCUCGUUUUUAUCAAAAGCCGAAAGUUCUUAUCCCUCGAGUACCUAAAAUUUUUAUUCGAUUAAUAUAACACAUUUGUUCGUGAAAUGUGCCAGUGUACAGUGCUUGUGGAGUGAUAUUUUAGUGUCGUUUUUAACAAGUUGAUAUUUUAGAAAGGUGUUAAUAAUGCAACCACGAUUUUGAAAGUACACAAGUGAAAAAUAAAUAAAAUAACAGUGAUACGUUAAUAACAUGUGUUAUAACAAGUGUUGUGUGUAAAUAACAACAUUAAGUUAGUUAUUCAACAGUUAUUGAGUUAUUGUUAUUCAUAUAUGUUGCUAAAAUGUGAACAUGGCGUUUAUUGGGCCGAGGAACAGUGCUCCUGUCAUCAGGGAUAGCCUGCAUACCCCGGCGUAUGAGAUAAAGUUGGAGAGCGUCCUCGGACUGACGGUUGGCAGUAACGCUGCUCUCGACUGCGAUCCGAACACAGAACUUGUUGCAUAUCCGGCAGGAUGCACCGUGGUCCUGUACAACGUCAGGAAGAACAGGCAGUCGCAUGUGUUGAACGCGUGCCGCAAGAGUGUCACCUGCGUGGCGUUCUCCCCCGACGGACGGUACCUCGCCACGGGGGAGUGCGGACAUGCCCCCGCCGUCAGGGUGUGGGAUCUACAGGAUCCCACGGCAUCUGGAGCGGUACAGAUAGCGGAGUUCAUUGGACACACUCAUGGCGUUAGUUGUGUUGCAUUCUCGACGUCAUCGAAGUACUUGGUGUCGAUAGGAUCGCAGCAUGACAUGAUCGUCAACGUGUGGGACUGGCGAGCUAAUCUCAAGCUGGCUAGUAAUAAGGUGUCGUCUCGUGUGAAAGCAGUGAGUUUCUCCGAGAACGGCAAUUACUUCGUGACGGUCGGCUUCAGGCACGUCAAGUUCUGGUAUCUAGAAUACUCCAGGAAUGCGAAGUUCAAAGAGCCAGUCCCCCUAAUGGGUCGUUCAGCGAUCCUGGGCGAACAGAAAGACAAUGAAUUCUGUGACGUGGUCUGCGGGCGGGGGGCCGCCGGGGACAGCACCUACUGCAUCACUAGGGGCGGCCUGCUCUGUGAGUUCAACAGUAGGAGGCUCCUUGAUAAGUGGGUGGAGUUGAGGACUACGUCAGCAAACUGCAUGGCGAUAGGUUCGAACUACAUCUUCGUGGGGUGCGCCGAGGGCAUCGUGCGGUGCUUCGCCCCCGACACGCUGCAGUACAUCACCACGCUGCCCCGGACGCACUACCUGGGGGUCGAUGUCGCGCUGGGAACUAAUAUUAGCCACAUGUUCACGCAGCCCCCGAACGCGCGCUACCCCGACGCGGUGGCGCUCACGUACGACGAGAGGAACCACAAGCUCACAUGUGUCUACAACGACCAUAGUUUAUACGUGUGGGAUGUCAGGGACAUUAAGAGGGUGGGCAAGUCCCACUCGGCGCUGUACCACUCGGCGUGUAUCUGGGGCGUGGACAUGGAGGGCGGCGCCUUCCUGUCGUGCUCCAGCGACGACACCGUGCGGCGGUGGCAACUGGCUCCCACCGCGCCCAAUAUCUAUAGUAAUGAACUGAACAAAGUAUUCUACAUAGACCCAGAACUGAAAUUCCUGAAAGACGUAGAUUUAACGGCCACCAAUGAUAAGGACAAGUCCAAGUCGUAUGAUGAUAAGACCGGAGUAAGAUGCGUGCGCGUGUCCCCGGACGGGCAACACAUAGCGUGCGGCGACCGCGCCGGGAACGUCUGGGUCCACGCCGCCUCCGGGACACUACUCCACACCCUGGAGGCGCACGACGCCGAGGUGCUGUGUCUGGAGUACAGCGCGCGGCCCCGCCUGCUGGCCUCCGCCUCCAGGGACAGGCUCAUACACGUCUUCCAAGUGGACCGGGGUUACCAAAUAAUGCAGACACUGGACGAACACUCGUCCUCUAUCACAGCAGUUCGCUUCCUCAGCUCUGGAGCUGGGUUACAGAUGGUGUCCUGUGGCGCUGACAAAACUAUUCUCUUUAGGCAGCUCAGACAUUCGCAGGAGGGCGGCUACCAGUUCCAGCGCGGCCAGAACGUGUCGGGGCGCACGACGCUGUACGACAUGGAGGUGGACGCGGGCGGGCGCCACGUGCUGACGGCGUGCCAGGACCGCAACGUGCGCGUCUACAGCGCCGCGCACGGCCGCCACACCAAGACCUUCCGCGGGACCACCGCCGAGGACGGCACGCUCAUCAAGGUGGCCUUAGACAACAGUGGUAUAUACCUGGCCACGUCGAGCACGGACAAGAUACUCAGCGUGUACGACUACUACUCCGGCGAGUGCAUGGCCACUAUGUACGGACACUCCGAGAUUGUCACUGGACUCAAGUUCACCCCAGACUGUCAACACUUGAUCUCAGCGUCAGGAGACGGCUGCAUCUUCGUGUGGAGAGUGCCGCAUGACAUGGUGGUCACCAUGAGAGCCAGGCUCGCUCAGCAAGCUAUACGCCAGGGGAAGAAAGUAUCAACAGCGAGUAACGGAAUGUCAGGUUUGGACAGUGAGAGCGACUCCCACUUCGGCUCCCCCCCUCGGGAGCUGCCCUACGAGGAGAACAAGUUCGGUACCCCGGUCGUGCCUGAUUACACUCUCCGCAUCGGCCGCCUGCCGACCUGGGCCAAGAAGAGUCUGGGAGACGACGCCAGUGCCGGGGACACGCCCGCCCCCGACCCGCCCGCCCGGGGCAAGUGGGCCACUAGGAUCAAUCCUAAUACUGAAAAACGUGGCGACUCAGACGGAUCUAAAGACAGUUCGUUGGACAGCGGUACCGACACUAGAUACAUAGACAAACGGAAAGAUCAGACCGGAAUCAAACAGAGGCCGAAAUCGCUCAACUUAUCGCAACUGCCUCGUGUCGAAGCGUUAUUCCGAAAUUUCGACGCGACCAUGAGGAAAACCUACGAUAUUCUUACCAUAUCGCCAAGGGUCGAAAAGGUUACGAUUAAUUUGUCGAAAAUUCGCACGCCCGAGGCGCGGACGCGACACCACACCGACGAUUCUUCGCUUGGCAGUUUUAAAUAUGAGGAUCAGGAGUCAACGGAGCACGACGGUGACAUCGAGGACAUAUCUGACGGAGAGAGGACCUCGUCCUCGGAGCGAGGGAACAGACCUACCUACUAUCCUGGCAACAAUGAUGAUGAGACGCCUGGAGAGUUCAUGGUGAAUGCAAUGGACGCGGACGAGCUCCGAGAGUCCAUGCGUCGCUCCAAGCGAUGGACGGGCGAGACCAGACUCGAACUGCCCCCACCACACGCCAAGCUCACUGGAACUCCACAGGACUCGGAUGAUGACGAGGUAUCAACUCCAUCAGGCGACAAUACUGAACGCAAUCCAUUAUCCGGUUCAUGUGAGUCCCUGGACACGGCGGGGCGGCGCGAGAAAUAUAUCAAGUCUGCCUUCGACAGUCUCAGCGGGGCCGACAUGGAUGCUACUCUCACUGGGGGUAAGCAGACAACAUGCAACACGUCCCUGUCGUCCCAGCACCUGUCCCGCGCGCCGCCGGUCCGUCCGUCCCCCGCGCCGCGCACCCCGUCCAAGAUGGUGGACCCUGAAGCCGCCAGGAGGAGGGAGGAACUCAAUAGGAGGAUACUAGAGACUAGAAGGCAACUGGAGAGUGUGGCGUUCAGAUCGAACUUAAAAUCGAGUCAGUCGACCACAGACCUCUCCUACAUUCCGGAAAAGGAUAGUUCUCGUCGUAAUCGUCCUGUCUCCAUGGCCAUCCCAUCCAAUUCCAGACCUUACGGAAUUUUGCCGUGUCCGGAAGAGAACCUGGACAGUCUUAAUUCUAAUUACUAUGACAGUCUGAACCCUUAUCUUGAUUAUAGAAACAAGAACCCUUAUGCGAUACCAGCUAAUUUAAACCAUAAGAUCAUACCAGACUACUUAGAUAAUGUAGUUCCCUAUAUACCUCCCCACGCAAACAUACCUACAACCCACAACGAUAAAAGAAACCCCCAUUUCACCCCCUACGACGCAAAACCUUUAGUGUUCAAAGAACAGUUACCUCAAAAACCUCUAGCAUUCACCAUAGACAUGUCCAAACCUGUCCAAUCCAAGGUCUUUAACCGUCUGUUCCCAGAAAAAGAGCCAAAGCCCCGAAAUUUCACUCUCAAUCUAACUAAAAAUGAGGAAAAACCAGCUGUUCCGAAAUCUGUGAAACCAGCUAGAAGUAUCUUCAAAAAUUACAAGUCUUGCCCCGUAUCUCCAGUGUCCGAGGAAUGUAAAUGGUCUGACAAAGCGAAUCAAAAAUGCCAGAAACCUGACACUAACUCCUUAGACCCUAAAAAGAGAAAUUCGCUAAGCUUCUUCGUCGGUUUUGAUAACAAAAAUCUGAAAGAUAACGGCAAAAGUAUAGUAGAUACCAUAAAGUCUGAUACGGAAAAGAUGAUUGCAGAAAUCACAAAGAAAUAUGGCGAUUUAGACCAGUAUGAUGUUGCUAGGGGACAGGAUGAUCUUGAUAUGAAACCUACUAAAGAAAAAGACGAUGGCAAUUUCUCAUCAGAUUCUUUAGAAGACUGUAGUUUGAGCCAAGAUGCUAGCUGUAAAAACAAAUUAUACUCUAAAAAGGUUUGUAAAAAACACACCAAGACUCAACCAAGGAGAUCCGUGUCUAAUUAUGAAAUUUACGGCAGUGAAAAGCCUGUAGUACCUGCCAAACCAGCUUACAUAGCUAACCAAAAAAGUUCGACUCUACCGCGGAAUAUGCCGUCAAACCUAGACGAUAUUGUUGAAGACUCCCUUAAAUAUAACUCUAAUAUGUACAGAUGUCAAAGUGUUCUAACUAAAAGAUGCGUUACAAGGUCAAACGAAUCAGUUCUCAGCGAUAAUUCCAAUUGUUCAAGUAUUUCGAAUGAAAUAUUCCUAAAAUACGGCAAUGAAGUUGCUUUCCAACAAGCGAAAUUCGAUGGUAGUCGGUACAACUUGAAUGAUUCGCAAAAUUGUUCGUACGAAAAUAUAAACGAUACGGAGUAUUUAGAGAAUCACAGACACAGCAGCGCUAGUUUCUUCUUAAACCAAAAGAAAUAUAUGAAAAAUAGUUGUAGUCAGGAAUCUGUUUUAUCGGACGAUUUUCUAGACAACGAGAAUCCAUUAUGUAGAACGAAUUGUAAUUCAUUGGAGAGUGUGCUCUCUGAUGAUUCAGAAUGCACUAAAAGUGCUCCAUUGGAAAUGUUAUUUGAAGGCGCAAAACCGAAGAAACAACAAAAAAAUACAAGCAUACCCCGAAACAGUAAAAGCUGUUAUGAAUUUGACAAUACUUCCAAAAGUUACGGCUCUAGUCCUAACAACGCUUAUUUCGGCUACAUGUACAACAAUUACUUAGGCGAAGCAUCAAGCCCUAAUUACAGAGAGCCUAAACCUACUCCAAUAAUAAGUAAUCCAAAACCACCAGCCACCAAAGUAUAUGGUUUCGACGUCCCAAUGGAUGGCCAUAAAACGGUGACUAGAUCCAAAAGCCUAUACGAUUCAGCUUCCAAACAACCACCUCCAGCUAAGAAUAUUGCGUAUUAUUUCGACGGAAAUAAUAUACAGCAGUAUAAUAAAGAGAAAAAGCUAUGCGAUGAAAUACCAAGGCUCAAUAAAACUGAUCAUAUGAGCACUACGAAGUCUCUACAGCCGAAAUUCGCUGAUAAGUACAAGAGUGAGAUGGAAGGCUGUGAAACUAAGGCUAUGGUUAAAUCUAAAAGCUGCAGUUUUGAGGUAGUCCUAGAACCGGCGUCCAAACCGAAUCCUUUAAAGAAUUUGAUGGAGAAACGAAAUUCUCAUGUUCAAAAGAACUUGGAGAAAUUCGAAGAACAAAUACGUAAGAAUACGCAAACCAAAGUUAGCAAAAACCAAUUAAAUAAAGAAAAGUCUAGCGGUAAAUAUAAUAAUGCUACCAAAAGCCUUGAAAGAGGGUCCGGACAGAAGAACAAUAAUACUAAAAUUACAAUGGAGUUUGUUCCACAUAAACCUCCGAAACCGAUCAAAAGGACUUCAUCAGUUAAGAUGAACAACAGACUCAAGGCAGGCAUAGAAAAGUCUGGACUAACGUCAUCAAUAUCGUCACAAUAUAAAGCCAAAUUAGACGGACUACAUAAUAAAAAUUAUCUAACAAACAAAAAGCCAGAAGAUCCGAACUCUAACAUAGAAGCAGACAGCACUGAAAAACAUUUCGACGUAUUCGUAAAAGAAAAAGACGUUAAUGAGAAUAAAUCUGAAAUACAGAUGGAUAGCUUAGAAGUUUACGCUAUGCAACGCAUGGAGAGACUGAAGCAAGUUAGCAUGGACUCGCUAGACGUGGAUCCAAACGAUUUCGCCAAAGAUUCCCUUGACUACUACGCGGAACAAGAUAAUAAACUAUACGCAAGAACUUCUAAAGAUCAACUCAAUUUAAAACUCGCUAGAAAUGACCUUUCAAAACCAUCCCAUAGCAGACAGAGUGAUACAAAAGAAAAUAUCUCUCCAGAAAUCAGCGAAGAAAUUAAAAAGUACAAAAAUAUAGAAAGAAAGAUAGAAAUCAUAAACAAAUUAGUCGAAAUGGAAGAAAAAAGGAUUCUACAAGAGAAGAUACUCAAGGAAUGGAGAAUGAGACCUUUGAAAGCUAACAUAAACGAUGGGAAAGGCGUAGUCAAGUUAUUAUCUAGAAAAUUCGAAAAACUAGCGACAAAGCAAUCAUCUACCGUUCACAAUUUCGCUUCUUUAACCCUAGAAGAAGCUGAUACGGAUACAGACACGGCAUCAGAAAAUAAAGAAAUUAAAAGAAACCUAAGUCUACCGGACAUUUUAGACUCAGACCAAAUCGGUGGCUUAGUUACAGUUGGUAUAGAUAUAACAAACGAAGCUGGUAACACAGGUGCCAUAGAAGACGUGAAAUUAAACAAUGCAUUUCAGCCAGAAAUAGGCACCGCACCAAGAAGUCUUAAACAGAGAGUGUACAAUGAAAUGGUAAUACCGAAAACCGAUGUCCAUUUAGACAGUGAAAAUUACGAAUCUUCGACAACCAGCUCGAGUUGCACGAACUCCCCGAAAAGACUGUCUUUUUACGGCUUCAGUAGACCGAAGACCCCUUUUCGGAAGAUUAUAAGGGUGCCAACGCCACGGUUGUGUAUGGAAAACCGACUUUUUUCUCAGAAAAUUAGACCUGUGUUGUAUAGCUCGCCUAGGGGUUCUUGUUUAGCGAAAAGGGUUCCGAUACAAAAUCCAGUUUUGCCGUCAAAAUUCUCGCCACCUCCAGGUCAAACCCCGAAGCCUUCGACUCCUCAGAAUGGCUCCAGCUCCAAGUCACCUGGAAACUUCGUGAGACCAGCUCCUAGGUAUACCAAUAAAUCCAAUAUGACCAGAAGUUCCAGUGUUGGUGUGCUGAAUCAGAGCGACUCAGAAUCCGAUCCCCAACCCUCGCGGCAGCAACCGAACAGGUCACAAGGGCUCAUGAGGCCAACGAUAUCUUCAUUAAACAAGGUCGCCGCCAACACAGCCAGGAGACGUGGCCUCGCCAACGCUUACAGUGCAGUGAGCCUUGCGACGGGCGCUCACGAGGAGUCCAGCUCGGAGGCCGAGGACAGGAACAAUGGAGACGGCACCGCUCCACCAAGACCCAGGGCCUCCUCCGUUGACCACAACCAGAGGAGAAUAGGUCGCAGCGGCAGUGAACGAGACCUUUCAGCGAAGGCUCGCGAGGUUACAGCCAGACUCACAGCGAACACAAGGCAGAGACCGAAACAGGAACCGCCUGCUGAAGCCAACUUGACAUCGUCCCAGCUGUGCUCUGCGCUGACGGAGCAACUGACGAAGACUGCCAGUAAGGUGGUGCAGCUGUACGCCAGCCUGCAGCGGGAACCCAACGCUGCAGCCGACAUCAGCGGUCUUGAAGCAGCAAUUCUAGAGACUCAGAAAGUGUUGCGUAGCGCGGUCAGCCGGGCACAGAACGGAGACCAAGCACUCAGCAGCCUGUCCUCUACUGACGGGGACUAUAGACUACAGCCACCUCUAGACCAUCUCGUUGCUAAAGACGCAGCGAACUCCAGCAACCCAGCCAUGUCGCUCAUAGAACAAUAUUCAGACAUCCUACUAAAUAUGAUGCAGACGAAAAUGGUCAGCCAAUUCAACCAGCCACAGAGCCUACCGCCAAACACGAGGGAUCCCGCGGGAGAAAGCUAGUGAAAAACCCAAGUGUAGUGACUAAAAACUGUGAAAAUGUGACUUUUUCGUGUGAACUCAAGUGUUAAAACUGUGUGAUGAAGUGUGAAGUGUGAUUUAACUGUGGAUUGUCGGAGGUGGGUGUAUUUUUGAUGUCUUAGUUUAAAAACAUUCGAUGUGUGUUUAACCAGAGCCGUAUUAUACCUAAGGCAGAGUAGGCAAGUACCGGGCGCCAGGUUACAGAGGGCGCCGCGAUACGCGCGUGCUCUACUGUACAUAGAGUGACGGGGGCGCCAGAAGAAAUUAAGGGCGCCAAUGAGGUGCUCGCCUAGGGCGCUCUCUUGGUUUUAUUCCGCCCCUGUGUUUUUUUGUUUGUUUCCCUUUUGAGACAAAAACCAAGCAAUGAUAUUACUUAAAUACUACA